AUGAGGAGACCGGCUGAUUUGCAAACUGCCUUGCUUCCUGGUUGCACCCAUGACAGUAGUCUGCAAGCUGCCAAUUCACUUGUCCUCUCGGGAUCUGACAGGUCUCGCUUGAACUAUCUUCAAGAUUCUGUCCUGGUCACUAUACUCGGCAAGCAGUGGCCGUGGUCCACCGUUUCCUACACCUACCAUAGAGUAGCUGUCAAGGAACCUAUGGUGAUGAGCAUGAUCCUCGCCACGACUGCUAGUGAAAUCCAUCGAUCACGUCUCCACGAUUCCGACAGCACAUGUUUGUAUUCCGCAGCCGGUGAUUUCUCUGACAUCGAUGGCAGGGUGCACUACGGCACAGCGUUAUCGAGACUCCGUGAAGCACUAGCCGAAGGCGUGAAGACGUCGUCGAAGCUCGAGGCGGUGUUCAUAACGUUGUGGCUGAUGAUCGAUUACGAGAACCGGUUUGGUAGUGGGGCAUCUACAAUCAAUAUUCAUUUGCAAGGCAUUGAAAGCAUACUGCACAACCAUAUCUUACCUCUGCUGAAAUACGAGGACUGUUCGGCCGCCGCAAUUACUGCCGAGAGCCCUGGAGCGGCAGGAUUGCUGUUUGACAAUUCUGCCGAAGGUGCGAGUUUGACUGAGAGAGUGGCCAGGAGUCCGGUCGAUUCGGUAGCUGGUCCAUCUGCGGGGAAACUAGUUUACACGGCAGUGCCUCUAUUCUUGCUGUGGACCCUCUACUUCUUUACGCCCGGCGCGCUUUUCUUUGGCCCUGGGGCUGUAUAUGAACCAGGGUUUGAGAAAGUCAACGAUGAUCUCUACCGUCUCUUCCGUCUCUUCCUUCAUGCAGAAGAUGAAAACACGCGGUUGAACCUAGAGAACCUCUAUCGUAUCAGUAGGCAGUCGCCUUCGAAGUUCUGGGGAGAAGCCUACCCAGCCAAAGCACAACUAGACGACCUGGAAAACUAUCCUGGGUUAGCGCUCUACCACAAGAGCCAUGUGGUUCAAUUCAGAAUCACCGAGCUAUUUCGGCAAGCAAGAGGCACCCCGUGGAACGAAGCACCUUAUCAGCAGACUGUCGAUGAGAUAAUCAGAAUAGCCAAUGAGUUCGAGAUGCUUCUCUCAUCUGCCAAAGCCGCCCCGUCGUGUGAUAUUGUGGGAGACGGGCGCCGCGUGAUGGAGACAAUCUAUUGGGCAGCCAUCACAUACUACAGCACGAUUGUCUACUUCCACCUCUGCUUUGACAGGCUGCUCCCAGACAACUUGCAGACAGUGUUGAUGCCGCAAGAAAAGGCCGUCUCCCUAGUCCUGGAGCUAUCGCUCAAGCUCCAUCGAAGCAGGCCGCAUCUCAUGGUGCGCAUCACGUGGCCACUCUUCAUGGCCGGCGUGGCUACCGCCGACAGGAUCUAUCAGGAUUGGGUAUCUAUCCGGCUGCGAGAGUUGGGGCGGUAUGGGCAGAAUUACAGCCGUAUCAGCCAACGCUUUGACGAGAUUAUUCGCGGAAGCGACCCUUUUGCAUAUUCUCAGAAACAACUUCCGUAUUACAACGCUGAUUGA